GCACACAACACACGUAAUAAAUAUUGGCGCGGGGGGCUCUGGCAUGGUGUCGUCUUGAAAGUUCAUUCGGGAGCCGCGCACGAUAGCAAUAGCGUUGAUUACCUUUCUUCCGUUCGAGCGUCUCUCUAAACUAAAACCCUUUCUGUUUUGUAUAAUCAAUUAAUGAUAAUGUCCAAACCUUUUAAACUCAUCAAAGACAAUGCUUCCAACCCUAAACUCUGGCUCCUUCUCGGAAUCGGACUCGCCGGCGUCGUCGUUCUCGCUGAGACUCGUCGGCGACGGAAACCCAAGCCAUCCAGAGACCACUUCGGUGCUUUCGUCGACCGUUUUGAGCUUCUUCCCUUCCCUCAGCCUGCGCCGCCAAACCAAAUGCAACCGCUCUCUGCUCUAACCUUUGCCAUCAAAGACAUAUUCGAUGUGAAAGGGUACGUGACGGGGUUCGGAAACCCUGACUGGAAGAGGACGCACGAGGAGGCUGGGAAGACUGCCAUUGUCAUCACUGCUCUCCUCAGAAACGGUGCUACCUGUGUUGGUAAGACCGUUAUGGAUGAAUUCUCGUUUGGGAUUUCCGGUGAGAACAAGUUUUAUGGAACGCCAAUGAAUCCUAACAUGCCCUGUUAUAUCCCUGGAGGCUCUUCCAGUGGUUCAGCUGUUGCAGUUGCUGCUGGCCUUGUUGACUUUGCUAUUGGUACUGAUACAACAGGCUGUGUGAGAAUUCCAGCAGCAUUCUGUGGUAUUCUUGGGUUUCGACCAUCUCAUGGGGUUAUAUCCACCAUCGGGGUUCUUCCAAAUGCACAAAGCUUGGACACUGUUGGAUGGUUUGCCCGGGAUCCAUCUGUCCUACAUCAUGUUGGACUUGUUUUACUUCAAUCGAAUUUGGUGGAGCCCAAUAGGACAAGGCGUAUUAUUGUCGCUGAUGAUCUUUUUCAGUUAUCUAAAGUUCCUUCACAGAAGACAGUAUACAUCAUUGGCAAAGCUAUUGAGAAAUUGUCUGGUUAUCAGUCUCCAAAGCAUACGAAUCUCUGCCAGUAUAUUGCUUCUAAUGUGCCCAGUCUAAAAGGGUUUCGUGAACAAUCAACACCCCAACAAAAUGGACUAUCUGUAUUGAAAGCUCUCACUUCGGUUAUGUUUUCUUUACAAUGGUAUGAAUUCAAAACCAAUCAUGAAGAAUGGGUUAAAUCUGUCAAACCCAGGUUAGGGCGUGGUGUGUCUGAUCGUGUUAUUGCAGCCAUGAAUACUACACAUGAUAAUAUAAAAACCUUGUAUAAAGUAAGAACUGAGAUGCGAGGUGCUUUUCAACGUCUGCUAAAGGAUGAUGGAAUACUAGUUAUUCCCACUGUUGCAGACAAUCCAUUAAAGCUUAAUUCGGAGAAAGGGUUUUCUUCUGAGUUUCAUGACAGAGCUUUUGCUUUAUCUAGCAUUGCUAGUAUCUCUGGAUGUUGUCAGGUUGCAAUUCCAUUAGGAUAUCACAAUGAUUGUUGUGUUUCUGUUUCAUUCAUCUCAGCACAUGGAGCUGAUAAAUUUCUUCUUGAUAUGGUCUUGGAUAUGUAUGCAACUCUUCAAGAGCAAGCUAGUGUUGCUUAUGCUUUGCCACUACCAGAUAGAAAUGGUACUGUGGAAACUUCUGAACUUUUGAAGGAAAAGGGAAAUGUCGCCUUCAAAGGAAGGCUGUGGAAUAAGGCUAUCAAUUUCUACACUGAGGCUAUCAACUUGAACGGGAUGAAUGCAACUUACUACUGCAACCGGGCUGCUGCUUACCUAGAGUUAGGAUGCUUUCAGCAAGCUGAAGAGGACUGCGAUAAGGCCAUAUUACAUGAUAAGAAGAAUGUGAAGGCAUAUCUGAGACGUGGAACUGCUAGAGAAUCCCUUCUUCGAUAUAAGGAGGCUCUAAAAGAUUUCCAGCAUGCUCUCGUUCUUGAACCGCAGAAUAAGACUGCUAGUGUUGCUGAGAAAAGACUCGUAAAAUUGAUGAGUUGACACACGGUGUUCUUUCAACACGACCUCCUGCUUGAGAAUGUAAUUGGCUGUGAAAAUAUGAUUCUCCUCCUUUAUUGCACUCUUUAUGCCUUCCAAAUGAUGAAGGUAAAUCGCAGACAGAGAAGAUGAGCCUGCCGAUGGGAUGCUCCAUUUUUUGGUCUCAUUUGGGCAUUUUGUUACAACAAAUCUUGUUUAAUAAUGCAUUUUGGGGGGCCGUUUGAUUUAUAAUCGUGUAGAAUUGAUUUAAUGAAAUUGAUUUGAGCUGUUAAAUAUAAUUGAUAUAUGUACAUAAAUGAAUUUAAAUUACAUAUUUUUAAUUCAAAUAUGUAUUUUCAAUUGCGAUGUGUAAAUUGAUUUUCUAACU